CACGUGCUCCAGAGCCAUGGCGGCCUCCGUGAGGGUCGGGAGCGCGGUUCCGGUGUCCGCCGCAGCACGAGGCUCCGCACGGCGAGCGGCACAGCAGAUCCCCGAGGAGAUCCUCAGUAAUGUGGAGCUGCAGAAGGCGGCAGAGGCCCUGCCUCGAAACUACAACUUUGAGAUCCCCAAGACCGUCUGGCGGAUUCGGCAGGCUCAGGCUAGGAGGGUGGCCCUGCAGAUGCCAGAAGGGCUCCUCAUGUUCGCCUGCACCAUCGCAGACAUCAUUGAGCGGUUCACGGACGCGGAGGCGGUGGUGAUGGGUGACGUGACCUACGGCGCAUGCUGCGUGGACGACUACACGGCCCGGGCCCUGGGCGCGGACUUCUUGGUGCACUACGGACACAGCUGCCUGAUUCCCAUCGACGCCACGCAGGGGCUGAAGAUGCUCUACGUGUUCGUGGACAUAAAGAUUGACACAUCCCAUUUCCUUGAGACCAUUCGCUUCAACUUCGCAGCAGGCACCUCCCUGGCCCUCGUCAGCACCAUCCAGUUCGUCUGCACAGUGCAGGCAGCAUCACAGGAACUGCGCUCCCAGUACAAGGUGUGUGUGCCCCAGUGCAAGCCGCUGUCCCCAGGGGAGAUCCUGGGCUGCACGUCGCCCCGGCUCGCCCAGGACACAGACGCCGUCGUGUAUUUGGGUGACGGGCGCUUCCACCUGGAGUCCAUCAUGAUCGCCAACCCGGGGAUACCUGCCUACAGGUACGAUCCCUACAGCAAGGUCUUCUCCCAGGAGCACUACGGCCACGAGCGCAUGCGCCGCGCUCGGCAGGAUGCCAUCCACACCGCCACUGGUGCCCGCUGCUGGGGCCUCAUCUUGGGCACGUUGGGGCGCCAGGGCUCCCUCGGCAUUCUGCAGCACCUGGAGUCACGUCUCCACGCCCUGGGCCGGCCCUUCGUGCGGGUGCUGCUGUCUGAGAUCUUCCCCAGCAAGCUGCGGCUCUUCCCUGACGUGGACGCGUGGGUGCAGGUAGCCUGUCCCCGGCUCUCCAUCGACUGGGGAGAAGCCUUCAGCAAGCCGCUACUGACACCCUAUGAGGCCGCGGUGGCUCUCCGGGACGUGGAGUGGCAGCAACCUUACCCCAUGGACUUCUACGCCAGCCAGUCCCUGGGGCCGUGGACGGUGAACCACGCCGGUGCACAGUCCCUGCACCACGGCCGGCUGGCCCAGGGGAAGCCGCCCGCGCCCCCCGCCCCGGCGGAGGGUGAGGAGAGGGCGAGCACCGGGGGCCCAGCAGCCUCCUGAGCACAGCCUGCACCCUGUCCUGCUGCCGCCACGCUCCGGGACCCGGUGUGGGCACAGGCACCGGCCCCAGCACCGGCACCCCGAGGGUAAGCACUGCCAGAGCCUCCCGGUACCGGCACCGGCAUGGGUGGAGAUACACCCGGUCCCUCGAUGCCACCGCUGCCUGCCACACCCGAACCAACUCCCCGCGGGGAGUGAGUCCCAGCAAAGCCUGGCCGUGCUGCAGACUCUGCCCGCGGCAGCCCCCGGUCGCACGGGGGGCCCCGCCCCUCCCCUCCCCUCCCGGUCCCACCGGGGCUGCCCCGUCCCGGCCGGAGCCCGUCUCGCCGCGACCUCCCACCGCUAGGGGGCGUGCUGGCUCUUCAGCGCAGAAGGGUGCCGCCCCCUUCGCCGCGCUGUCCAAUGAAUGUGAGGUGUUUUGGCGGGAAGGGGGGGCGGGCGGAAGCGGCGCUCUCGGUUUCCGGUAGCGCCAUGUCGGAGGGGCGGCCGCUGCGGCUGCUGGGGCUGCACGGUUACCGGCAGAGCGAGCGCCGCUUCCGCCAGCGCACCGGCGCGCUGCGCAAAGCCCUGCGUGGCCGCGCAGAGCUGGUGAUGGUCAGCGCGCCUCACUCCGUGCCCGGCGGUGGCGAGGACGACGACGGGGACGACCCCCCCCGCGGCUGGUGGUUCUCCGGGCCCGGCACCUUUGAGGCGGCGGAGGUGGCGGCGGCACCGGCGGGGCUGGAGGAGUCGCUGUCGGCAGUGGCAGCGGCGCUGGCGGAGCAUGGGCCCGUCGAUGGGCUGCUGGGCUUCAGCCAGGGCGCGGCGCUGGCCGCCAUGGUGUGCGCCCUGCGGGCCCGCGGCGACCCCCGCUUCCCCGUGGCCUUCGCCAUCCUGGUGGCCGGUUUCGCCAGCCGCGCCCCGGCCCACGGCCACUUCUACCGCGAUCCCAUCGCCCUGCCCACGCUGCACGUCGUGGGUGAUGCCGAUGCCGUCAUCGCCGCCCCCCUCAGCAGGGAGCUGGCCCAGCACUUCGUGGAGCCUGUUGUCCUCACCCACCCCGGCGGGCACUUCGUCCCCGCGGCUGCGCCACAGAAGAAGGCCUACCUGGACUUUUUGGACCGCUUCUGCCCCGGACAGGGACAGGCUGAGCCCCCAGGGGCUGGGGCUGUUUGAUAACAGUCUCUGUAAUACACGGGGUUCCAGCCAGCCACGUGCAGCCUGCCGUUUUGGUGAAACAUCGCUGUAUUUCCACGCCUUCCAAAAGGACCAAAGAGUCCUCAUCAGCUCACUGUGCUGCUCUGCAGUGUUAGCACAGGGCCAGGCUGAAUGGUUCCUUGUUAUCUCCCUUUUUUUUUUUGCAGCUUUGUUGUGUACAUGAGUGUGUGGGUAUGAUGAUGAGGGGCUCGAGGACAGGAGGGUGACACUGGUCUCUGUGUGGGAGGUGAUUUCAAAGAUUUGAAUAGUUCAAAAUUAGGCUUCCUCAGCUCAGCCACAGGAAUUGUCUGCAGAGCACAGACCUCCUGCAGCUGUUAUACCCCAAAGGCCUGUGCUUUUAGUAUUCCUGGUGAAACCAAUUAAGCCAACUUUCCAGCUGGCCUGGGUCUAGAAAAUCCUCUUGUCCCUCUGGCAGUGCCAGGGCUGCUCUUCGUUUCAGGAAUUAAAUGUCUGCUGGUACAGCA